AUGAAGGACGGCGUUGAAGACAACGUAGACGGUGCCAAAGACGGUGUUGAAGAUGGAUCUGGUGAGUCAACGAAUGUUCAAUCACCUCGACAAGUUGAUGGUCACAAGUUUUCGAAAGUUAUCAAUAAGAUUAGCGGGCAACCUGCGUCAUACAUUAACAAGUCGGAUUACAUUUUUGGGAGAACUCUAGGUGCUGGUUCGUUCGGAGUUGUGAGACAAGCUCGUCAGAUAUCGACGGGAGAUAACGUUGCGGUCAAGAUUCUUUUAAAAAAAGCGUUGAAAGGAAACGACGUUCAAUUGAAACUUUUGUACGAUGAGUUGUCAAUUCUCCAGCAAGUACAUCAUCGUAAUAUUGUUCAGUUUCGAGACUGGUUUGAGUCCAAGGACAAGUUUUUCAUCGUGACGCAACUGGCGACCGGUGGGGAGCUUUUUGAUCGAAUCGUGAAAAAGGGAAAGUUCACUGAGGCUGAUGCGGCCAGGAUCGUUACUCAGAUUCUCGAAGCAGUUCAGUAUCUUCAUUCCAAGAACAUAGUGCAUAGAGAUCUCAAACCGGAAAAUGUUCUUUACUUGACGCCUGCAGAGGAUUCACAGAUAGUACUGGGUGAUUUUGGUAUUGCCAAGCAAUUAAGAACGGAGGACGAAUUGAUUCAUAAAGCCGCAGGGUCCAUGGGCUACGUAGCCCCUGAGGUCGUAACAACAGAAGGGCACGGUAAACCGUGCGAUAUUUGGUCUCUCGGUGUUAUCACAUACACUCUUUUGUGUGGGUAUUCUCCGUUUUUAGCUGAAAGCGUGGAUGGAUUUAUUGAAGAAUGCAUCCAGGGUCCUCAUCCAGUUAAGUUCCAUAAACCCUAUUGGGAUAAUGUCUCAAAAGAGGCUCAAGAGUUUAUAUUGAGGGCACUCACCAUCCACCCGUCAAAAAGACCAACCGCUUCCGACUUAUUGAACGACAAAUGGAUAACUUCGAAGAUGAAGAAGACUGAUGACCUGUUGCCAGGAAUUAGAAAAGAAUUUAACGCUCGCAAGAAAUUCCGUGAAGCUGUUGAAAUUGUUAAACUUAAUAACAGAAUCAAGAAAUUGAAGAAGGUUUAUUUCGACGAAAACGAUAAUGAUACCGAUAUUGAGGAAAACUCGUCGGCGGAGUUAGAUCAACUCAGUCAUGCUUUAUCUUCGUCUUCUAUAAGCAGUGCAAGUUCGAAGCAAAGCUCGUCUAAGGCUCUGAAGUCAACCCUCACCCAGAACGCAUUUGCUCAAAUUGUCAAGGCGGCGACCCAGAACAAGGAAAGAAUAAUGAAUUAUAAAGAGAGCUCUGCUUCAGACAGCUAA